AUGGCUUGGCGUCGGAUGUUUGUCAUGUUUGUCCUCAUGAUAAGCAUCCCAAGAGAAGAAGAGCUUCAAAACGAUUCUUCAAGACUAACAUUGAAACCAUCAGUGUCGACCCUCACAUGCGAAUUUCCUCCGAUCCAUGAACUAUCCCACCGGAUAAUGGCUACACGCCCUACACUCGGCAGCAUUUCCAGACGUCUUCUCAAUCCUAUACUCCCGGAGCUACCAAAAGGGCAUACGGGAGCUAACUUGAAGCCUAGUACGCUCAAUAAUGGCGCGUCUAUAGCUAAAGAAGGAGCCUUACCUCCAGGCAAGGAGCCUAGUUGGAGAUCAAAACUUCAACCUGCAGAUUAUUGUUCCUACAGGGACACCACAAUUCCAGUACCUGAACAACUAGAGUACGCGAGGCGGUUCUUUGCCAAAUCAAGGCAUUCUCCUAUUCAUCUUUGGACUACGAACCUGUUCCGCAAGAUUCCUGAAUCAGAUACCCCAGAGGUGGUGUUCAUGGGCCGGUCUAAUGUUGGCAAGAGCUCCGUAAUCAACAUGUUAGUUGGGGAAAAUAUUUGCUACACUUCAGCUACGCCUGGCCGGACACAAACUAUGAAUGCAUUUGCAGUCGGAGGGAAGAAAGGCGGCGAAUCAAAAAUUAAUAUAAUUGACUCACCAGGCUAUGGCAAGGCCAGUAGACCGGAAUGGGGCCAUGAGCUGAUGAAAUAUCUAAGUAAAAGAAAGCAGCUCAGAAGGGUGUUUCUUAUAAUCGAGUGCAAAGCCGGCGUUAAAAACUCUGAUAAAGAGGUUCUUUCUAUACUUCGGGAGUUUACUAUCCCUCACCAAAUUAUCGUUAGUAAAGCAGAUGGCUUUAUAACUGAAGGUAGGGUAGGGAACCACAAGGCUCAUCACACUGCUUGCCUUAGGCAGUUCCGUGAUGUUGUCGAACAAAUAAGAAAGGAGGUGACGCCGACUCGAGAUGACGGCAUUCCACCUCUGGGCGAUAUUUUGGCUUGCAGUAACAAGAUACGUAUCGGAGAAGGUCAUAAUAAGGCUCCUCUUGGUAGCGACGUAUUGAAGUGGGCUAUUCUACAGGCUGCUGGGUUUGGUCACCAGCCAUCUCAAAUUAACGAUCCCCAGUGA